AUAUAUGUUUAUCCCAACUGAACUUUUCCCUCAUUGUUUCUGAUGGGAAUCAAGCUUCCACAAUUGAAGGACUUAUUGCAGCUGCAUCUUUCCCCUGAUCAGUUUUGACCAACAUUUCAAGAAAUGGUUUAAAUGGGGACUCUGCCAAAUGUACACAUCGAGUAAACAAGUGUUUAUCCCUAAAGGUCUGGUGCUCCCUCGUUUAAGAACAAGAAGACAUGUCCGUUUACAUGCCUUUUGUCGUGUACAUGCCUUUUUUAAGUUUUAAAGUGUGUAUUGUUUAUAUAUUUAUGCAGCCUUUCUUUCUCGCUAAAUUAUUCUAAUGUUUGUUUCGAACAGUCCCGUUGACAUUCCCAGCACUCUGUCAACAGCUGAGGGGUUGUACAGCGAGCUCAAUGCCCGGGAGCAAAGUGCACAGUCUACUCCCUCGCUCCACCAGUAUUGUUGGAUCCACUGAUCAUUACGCUCACAACUUUUUAUCUGCACCACAUCAACUGCUCUCAGGCGACUUCAAACGAGCAGGAGAAGACCGAGGGAGAGAGAGAGAGAGAGUGCUAAGUAAUUUAUUGUUUCUCUAUUUGUCUGGAGAUUUGAGAGCUUGAACGGUUAGGACCCGAGCAUGUUUGGGACUGUGCUCCUGCUCCUGGUCCCUCUGUGUGCCCAGGGGGGCAGUGGCGAGGAGAGAGCCGAGGCCCAGAGAACCGGCCAUGUGUCCGUGGUCGUAGUGGGAGGCACGGGUGACCUGGCAAAGAAGUACCUGUGGCAGGGCUUCUUCGAGCUGUACGUCAACCAGGCCGGAAGUGGAAAGACCUUUUCCUUCUACGGCGGAGGACUGUCGCCUGUAGACGCGACCACGCCGGUCCUCUUCGAGAUCCUCAAGGCGGUGUCCUGCUCCCGGGAGGUGUCCCAGGAGCGCUGUGCUCUGCUGAAAGAGCAGUUCCUGCGGCUCGCACAGUAUCGGCAGCUGAAGACCCAAGAGGACUACCAGGAUCUGGCCAAGCACAUUGAGCGAGAGCUUCAACAAGAGGGAAUAACAGAGGCAGGCCGGCUAUUCUACCUCUCACUACCCGCCUUUGCUUAUGCAGGUGUUGCUGAUAAGAUAAAUAAUAGUUGUCGGCCGACGGGCGGGGCGUGGCUGAGAGUCGUGCUUGAGAAACCUUUCGGACAAGACUUAAGGAGUGCUCAGGUACUUGCCGCUCAGCUCGGUAGCUCCUUGAAGGAUGAAGAGAUGUACAGAAUUGACCACUACAUGGGGAAGCAGGUUGUUGCAAAGAUACUUCCAUUCAGAAAAGAGAACAAGAAGUUUCUGGAUCCCAUCUGGAACAAGCACCACAUCGAGAGGGUGGAGGUCAUCUUGAAAGAGAGCCUUGAUGUUAAAGGUCGCAUUCCCUUCUACGACCAGUACGGGGUGAUCAGAGACAUGCUCCAGAACCACGUGACGGAGGUCAUGACCCUGUUGACGAUGAGGGUUCCCAUGAAUCUGAGCAGCAGUGAAGAAGUCCUCCAGAACAAGCUGCACGUCUUCAGGUCCAUGCUGCCUUUGAGAAAGAGCCAAGCUGUGGUUGGCCAGUACCAAGCGUACCAAACAACAGUCCAGCAGGAGAUGAACAAGACCAAAGAUCAUGCCAGUCUCACGCCAACAUUUGCAGCCGUAUUGGCUCACCUCGAUGAUGCCCAGUAUGAAGGUGUGCCGAUUCUUUUGAUCUCAGGGAAGAUGUUGGACGAACGGGUGGGAUACGCACGCAUACUUUUCAAGAACGACAUCUUUUGUCUUCAGAACCCCAAUGGCGUCCACUGCAAGCCCAAACAAAUAGUGUUCUACUUUGGUCAUGGCAGCCUUCAAUAUCCAGCUAUUCUCGUGAGUAAGAAUUUAUUCAAGCCAGUUUCGAUGGACGCUGAAUGGAAGGAAGUGACGAAGCAUACAGAUGUUAAUAUUCUAGGUUUACCUAUUUCGGAUUAUUAUGUGCAAACUCCAACAGAGCAGAAGGAAGCUUAUUCAGAACUUAUUUCUCACAUUUUAGCUGGGCGUAAAAAUAGUUUCAUUAGUGCUGAACACCUGCUGGCUUCCUGGGGCUUAUGGACACCACUCCUCGAUAGCCUCGCUCACUCGUACCCCCGCAUUUAUCCCGGGGGAGCCGACAACAGAGACCUGCUGGACAUCCGUGUGAACGGUAAAGACAUCGGCUUCAACAGCGAGGUGGUGGUCAUCAGCCCCGAUCAGAUGGGCGGCACGUCAGCAAACAGUUUCCAAGUCAUGCAAGGGCAUUUCCGUAGCACCGACAUGGUGUCGGCCUGGGCGGAGGAGCUGGUGGAGCGGCUGGCUGUGGACAUUGAGGAAGCAGCGGAGGCCGCUGUGCGUGAGGGCGGUGUCUUCCAUCUUGCCUUCUCUGGCGGGUCCACCCCCCUCGCUCUGUUCCACAGGUUGUCCCUGCACCACUUCUCCUUCCCCUGGAGCUACACCCACGUGUGGAUGGUGGACGAGCGAUGCGUGCCUCUGACCGAACUGGACUCUAACUUCCACGGCCUGCAUGAACAUCUCCUGCAACAUGUGAGGAUACCCUAUUACAACAUCCACCCCAUGCCAGUGCAGCUCAACCAGCGGCUGUGCGUGGAGGAGGAUGGCGGAGCGCUGCUGUAUGAGAAAGAGAUCAGCAAGUUGGUGAACGGCUCCCGCCUCCACUUUGUGCUGCUGGGAGUUGGAUACGACAGCCACACAGCCUCUCUGUUCCCCGGCAGUAAAGUGGACGGACUCGGGGAGAGUCUGGUCGCCCUCACCGAGAGCCCCGUCAAGCCUCACCAACGCAUGAGCCUCACGUUCAGUGCCAUCAACCGAGCUCGUCAGGUGGCUCUUUUGGCGAUGGGCAAAGGCAAACACGAGCUGAUCACCCAGCUGAGCCGCGUGAAGGACAACCCGGACAAGUGGCCGGUCACCGGGGUGAAGCCUGUUGCCGGCAGACUGGUUUGGUACAUAGACUAUGACGCACUUUUAGGUUAGGAAUUACAUUCCAAUUAGACCAAUUGUUUAUGAGGCAGCGGGAUUGGUGGGUUUACAUGUUUUAGCUUAUUAAUCAUAAUUACCUUCAAGCCUCUCUCCAAAGCUUCUCUUCCCCCCCCACACACACACACAC